AUGGCCUCUGUCAAGCUGUCGUCUGCCCUCAAGGCCCUCGUCGGUGCUCCACACGCGCAGGGCGCGGCCUUGCCGGCUCCUCCUCGCGCCGCCGUGACGCAGCUGUUCGAGCGACUCGCAACCUCGGCAGCGGCACACGGCGUCGGCGAGGCAGCCUGGUUGACACUCGGGAGCGCCGCCCUCGUCACCCUCAACUCGCCGGCGACUCUGUGCGAGCUGUACACGUUCUCGGCGGCCAGGCUACAGCAGCAGGGCCAGGAGCGAGUCAAGCGGGCAGCAGAACUCGCCGCCGUCAUGCGCGAGGCCGGGCUCAAGACCAUCUCGUUCUCGGGCAUCCCUCGAGCCAUCAACAACCUCGGCGCCUUGCGCUCGCACCUCGAGCCCGAGGUGGCCGGCCUCCUCUCGACCUCUCCGACUCGGCAACCGACCCCCGACUCGCUCCCCACGGUCCUCUCGUCCGCCUCGUCGCUGUGGACCUCGAUCUACGCGCCGCACUCGGACAAGCUCCUCAAGAAACUCGCCGAGUCGCACCCAGACCUGCCCGUCCACAUCCUGUCGUCGCACUACGGGCCCCUCCUCGCCGACCCGUUCACGUCCGCCCCGCGAGGGCACGCCAAGGUCGGCCGCGUCCUCACGAGCGUCGUCGCCAUCGCGUGCCUGCGCGCACAAGGCGGCGUCGGGCCCCAGGUGACGUCACACGUGUUUGGCCUGCGCAAGGCGGGCGAGGAGCCGGCAAGCGAGGGCGAGGACGUGCAGGGGCGCGAGUGGCUCACGAGCGAGGAGGGCGCGACGUGGGUCCUCGAGCAGGUUGACGCGCUCGUCGAGCUCGUCACGGCGGGACGAGGGUCGAGCUUUGCGACGAGGGCGAAGUUGUGAGCGCGAGGGACGUAGCGUCGUCGUGCAGUCGAACAAGCUGCCUCUCUCUCUC